UAUUCAACCUUAAUGGUCACUCAUUUAUAACACUGUUUUUAACUACGUACUACUACAUCAUUUUUAGACGAAACACAGAAUCCAUGGCCGCCCCCUACCCAAUAAAGUUUACAUCUCACUUUCCAUCUCCAUAUUUUCUACUUUUCUUAACCUACAUUCUUUCUAUUUUCGCUCCUACAAUCAAUCGAUUCGAUUUUUCCAAGUCAUUUUUAUUAAGACUCAAAUAAUUUUACAAAAAACUCAAUAUAUAUAUGAAAUUUUUUGAAUAUCGAGAGAUUUAAAAAUAAAAUAUUCCAUUGAAUAGUCUUAUAUACUCUUAAAUUUAUAUCCAUAGUUUUUACUUCCGUUCAAUUUCAAUGGCGACUCUGCAGAAAUUCAAAUUAUUAGCUACACAAUGUGUGGUAGCGGGGAGUCCGACUCGAAGCCCAACAACUAGCCCAGUUAUUCACCUCCGUCGCCGGAAAACUCUCCGUAUGCUCCUCAGCGGAGGCGGAAGUGGGAACUCGGUGUCGUCCGGAGACGAUGCUUCACCGGAUCGGAUUUCCGGCGAUGGAGAUUCGCCGGAUCAAGUAAAGAAACUGGUAGGAAGCCAUAAGCUUAAGGAUUUGUUCGUUUCGUCUCCUCCAUCGCCGGAAAAGAGAGGGGAAAUUUGGCCGGAAAUCGAUUGUGUCGGCGGUGGUGGUAUUGGAUCGGCGGUAAGAGGAAUCGGAGUCCGAUCGAUGCGGCCGUUGUCGGCGACAUUCCGGCAACGAUUGCUCAAAAGGGUUUGGCGACCAAUGCUUGUGAGUAUACCGGAAUAAUUAAAAAUUGGGAAUAUUGUACUAAUGCUAAUUGACGUGAUUUAGAGAAUUAAUAAAAGUUUUUCAAUCAUAUUUUAUUUGUAUUCUUCGUUUAA